ACACACUUUUCGUCAUGUCUCCGACGUUGACUUCUCAAGGUCUAGUCUUGGCCACCGCCAUGGCCGUCUCCGCCGCCACCGCCGUCCUCUUCGAUCUUCUCCGAGAAAAGUAUUUUCCUUCGACCUCCCUAAUUCUUCCCAAUCAUCAAAUCCAUCAACAACAACUCCUCAAGUCUUGUAUCUCUUCAGGCAGCAGGAAAAGUGAGAAAGAAGCGAAGAAGAAGAAAGUGAAAUUUGCAGAGGAUGUGAAGGAACCCAAGGGGAAUGGCGAAUUGUACAGAAAAGCAGGGAGAAAAAAAACAGAGAUUUUGAAGAAAAGCUGCUGUGGAAAUGAGCUCCCUGCGAAUCAUGCUGCGCUCUACAAUGGGAUUUUGAAGGGUCGUGCGCACGGAAUGGGGUAUUCCUAUUGAAUAAUUAUUCAUCGCGCUUCAUUUUUUUCUUUUUACUUUCACUUUGUAAAUCUUAAAUCAUUGUAAAUAUUUAGAAUCUUCGAUUUAUUGUUUCUGCAAUUCUGGCCUAAAAUCAUAAUACUUGCAUAAUAGCCCUUCAAGUUUCAAGAAA